CCCUCCCUCCCGCCGCAGCCUGGACUCCGGCCGCAACUUCCUGCCCGGUGCUGGGGAACCGUGCGCAUUUCGGGGGUCCCCCGGCGUCUGGUGCUCGCAGCGAGCAGAGGCUGGGACCGCGGGGCGGCCAGCCGUGGGCGGGAGCGGCCGGCGGCCUCUGCCGCUUCCGAGAGCGACUUUCAAACUCGAGCCCGCUUCGCGGCGCCACCUGGGCAGCCCCGCGCGCCUGGCGCGUCGCGAGCCGGCGGGGCGGCCACCGCUUGAAUCUCCCCGAGGUGACAGCCCCAGGCAGCGAUGCCAGGAUGCCCGUCUCCACUGCCCUCCACCAAGAUGGCAGCCAGGAGCGGCCACGAAGCCUAGUGUCCACCACUUCUUCAUCUGGCUCCUCCCGUGACAGUCACAGUGCCAUGGAGGAGCCCACUGGCUCGGAGGCUUCAGCCCAGAAUGGGACAGGCUCCCCUUGGGACCGGCAUGUUCCCAACAGCAACAACAACUCCAGUGGCUGGCUGAACAUGAAGGGACCUCUCUCCCCAUUCAACGGCCGUGCAGGGACAAGUCCUGCCUACCACAAGCUCAGCUAUCUGGGCCGGGUGGUGAGAGAGAUCGUGGAAACAGAGCGCAUGUAUGUGCAGGACCUACGGAGCAUUGUGGAGGACUACCUCUUGAAGAUCAUUGACACUCCAGGACUCCUGAAGCCAGAGCAAGUCAGCGCCCUCUUUGGGAACAUAGAGAGCAUAUAUGCACUGAACAGCCAGCUUCUCAGAGACCUGGACAGCUGCAAUAGUGACCCUGUGGCAGUGGCCAGCUGCUUCGUGGAAAGGAGCCAAGAGUUUGAUAUAUACACUCAGUAUUGCAACAACUACCCCAACUCAGUGGCAGCCCUCACAGAGUGCAUGCAAGACAAGCAACAAGCUAAGUUCUUCAGAGAUCGGCAGGAGCUGCUGCAGCACUCCCUGCCUCUGGGCUCCUACCUGCUGAAGCCGGUCCAGCGCGUCCUGAAGUACCACCUGCUGCUCCAGGAAAUUGCCAAACAUUUUGAUGAGGAAGAGGAUGGCUUCGAGGUGGUGGAGGAUGCCAUCGACACCAUGACGUGCGUGGCCUGGUACAUCAACGACAUGAAGAGGAGGCAUGAGCACGCAGUUCGGCUACAGGAGAUCCAGUCACUGCUCAUUAACUGGAAGGGACCGGACCUGACCACUUACGGGGAGCUGGUCCUGGAAGCCACCUUUCGUGUGCACCGCGUGCGCAAUGACAGAACUUUCUUCCUCUUUGACAAGAUACUGCUCAUUACCAAGAAGCGAGGCGACCACUUUGUCUACAAGGGCCACAUUCCGUGCUCCUCACUGAUGCUGAUCGAAAGCACCAGAGACUCUCUCUGCUUCACUGUCACCCACUAUAAGCACAGCAAACAACAAUACAGUAUCCAGGCCAAGACCGUGGAGGAGAAACGGAGCUGGACUCACCACAUCAAGAGGCUCAUCUUGGAGAACCACCAUGCCACCAUACCCCAGAAGGCCAAGGAAGCCAUCUUGGAAAUGGACUCCUAUUAUCCCAGUCGGUAUCGCUGCAGCCCAGAGCGGAUGAAAAAGGCCUGGUCCUCCCAGGAUGAGGUGUCUAGCCACGUGCGCCAAGGACGUCGGCAGUCUGAGCCUGGUCAUACCCUGUUCAGCAGGGCAACACUCCCCAGCAGGCAGCAAGGAUUCGAGAUGCCAGGCCUUAAGGGCCGUAGAAAGUCGGAGCCCACCAGACACCUGCUCAGGCAACUGAGUGAGAAAGCCAGAGCAGUGGGAAUGAAGCAUGCAGGCAGUGCUGGAGCCCUCUUGGACUUUGGGCAGCCAGCCCAUGCACAGAAGCAGCAGCCAGAGGCUGAGAGGGCCGCCAGGGAAGAGCUUGAGGAAGAGGAGGAGCUGGUGGAGGAGGAAGAACAGCGGCAGCAGAGCUUCUCGGGCUCCCUGGAGGGCCUUGCAGGGCAUGAUGGCAGCGAGAAGGUGCCUGGGCCAGAGCUCCCGGGCUCGGAGGAGGAGGAGGAGGAAGAAGAGAGUCUAGCAGUGGCGGAGCAGGGGAAGAGACACAGGGAGUCUGAAGGCUCUAAAGGCUGCAGAAGGCCCAGUAACCGGUCGCCAACCAGUGCGGAGAAGCGCAUGAGCUUUGAGUCUGUUUCUUCCCUGCCAGAGGUUGAGACAGAUCCUGAGCCUGGGGCCGAGCAGGAGGCCUUUGCGGCCUUGGAAGGUCCCAGCACAGAGGAGAUGCCUUCAGACCCAGAAUUUCCAGAAGCCCUGGAGACACAGCUUCAUGCCCCCAAGGGGCUGCUAGGAGUGGACAACCCAGCUGCUGUGGUGGACUUUGUGGAGCCUGAGGGGUCUGAAGACCUUAAGCCCCUGAGUAGUGAGGAGGAAGAAGAAGAGGAAAUGGAAGCCGCCCAGGAGCCUGAGAGCCUCCUGCCACCCUCUGUGCUGGACCAGGCCAGUGUCAUUGCUGAGAGAUUCGCCAGUAGCUUCUCUCGGCGGAGCAGCCUGGCAAUAGAGGAUGGCAAAUCCAGUGGUUUAGGGACACCACGGCUUAUCAGCCGGAGCAGCAGUGUGCUUAGCCUGGAGGGCAGUGAUAAGGGCCUAGCCCGAUGGAGCAGCAUCGGGGACUCCCUCAGCAACCCACCCACCCCAGAAGUGAUCAUUGGUGCAGACAUGGUCACAGACAAUGGCCCUUCUGUCAAUGGGACAGAAUCUCCAAGUGCAGGCUCAGGCUGCCCCACGGAACAGGACAGAUCUUCCUGUAAGAAAAAAGAAUCAGCGUUGUCUACCCGAGACCGUCAGCUGCUGGACAAAAUUAAGAACUACUAUGAAAAUGCAGAGCACCAUGAUGCUGGCUUCAGCAUCCGUCGGCGGGAGAGCCUCUCCUAUAUCCCUAAAGGAUUGGUGCGCAGCUCUGUGUCCAGAUUCAACAGCCUUCCCAAGCCAGAUUCAGAGCCAGCAGCUCCAGUUGGGUACAAGAGGCCGGGGAGUUCUCGUCCAGCCUCAUGGACCUUGUUUGACCUUCCAGGUCCCAGGACAGACAAAGGGGACCCAGCUCCUAUCACAGAUGCUGAGUUCUGUCCAUCUUCAGAAAUUGCAAAGAUAUGGGAAAGAAUGGAGUCUUCAGAGAGAAGUCCACGGACAGGGUCUGGCCAGAGCCAGGCCAAUGGCUUUGAGCUACAAGAGCCACUGUUCAUCUUGGAGGAGCAUGAACUGGGGGCCAUCACUGAGGAGUCUGCUGUCGCCUCUCCAGAAAGUGCCUCCCCCACCGAGCAACCCAGCCCAGCCCACCUGGCCCGGGAGCUCAAAGAGCUGGUGAAAGAGCUGAGCAGCAGUGUCCAGGGGGAGCUGGUUACCCCACUGCACCCCCGGAUUGUGCAGCUCUCCCAUGUGAUGGACAGCCAUGUGAGUGAGCGGGUCAAAAACAAGGUCUACCAGUUGGCCCGCCAGUACAGCCUCCGAAUUAAGAACAUCAAGGCAGCUAGGCCACCUCUACAGUGGGAAAAAGUCACUCCUGACCAAGAGGAGCAGGUCCCUUCCAUUUCUGGCCUGCCUGAGGAAGCUGGAGAGCUGUCAGGGGGCAAAGCCAGGAGGAAGCCUGUGCUAUCCCUCCUCAGCUAUGAGCAGCUGGUGGCUCAGGAGCAUGGCACGUCCAAGUCUUCCGCUGCCGUGGAAACCUCUCCACGCCGUUUCUCCUUCAGCCCUUCUGCUGUUAGCCCAAGAACCACCUCACCUGGGGCUCGGUCCUCUGCUCGGAGCCCCCUCAGCCCCUUUGACACCGAGACCUUCAAUUGGCCUGAUGUCCGGGAGCUCUGCUCCAAAUAUACUUCCCACGACAAGACUGCUCAGGUCGAGAGCAGCUGGCCCCGUAGCCUGCUGGUCAACAGGAGUCGCUCCCUGCCCGAGAACAUCGUAGAACCUCCCAUGUCUGGCAAGGCGGACCGCUGCUGUGGCCUGAACACCCACAGGCGCCUGGGAGAUGGGGAAGCCUCCCAGCCUCCACUUCCUGAGUCUCCUCCCCAAAGCCAGCUGAAUGGAGGCGACGCCCUGUAUGUCACCGCAGACCUUACCCUGGAGAACAACCAGCGAGUGAUCAUUAUGGAGAAGGGGCCCCAUCCUAGCUCCACCGUGGGGCUGGAGGAAGACAGUGGGAAGGAAUCAAGUUCCCCAGUGGCUUUGAAGGGACAGGGCCAAGGUUUCCAGGCGUCUGCAGAGUACCAGCCCAAAGAACACGGUCCCAGGGACUCAGCAGACACAAACAAACAGGGUAGAGUGAGAAACCUGAGGGAGAAGUUCCAGGCCUUGAACUCUGUGGGUUGAUUGACUCCUAAAGGAGAGAACAGCCACGUGGAGGUUGGAAGGACCUGGCAUGCUCCCCCCACACCCACACCCCCCUAGGCCUGGCUCAUUAAGGCUGAUCCUCCACUCUUCUGGAAGAGUGGUUUGGAGUGGAGUGUGAACUCACCUGUUACCUGUGCUGGCCCCUCCCCUCCCCUCCCCUGGGAGGUCCCAGGAUGACUGACUUUCCUUAGGUCCAGAUGAGCUACUUACCUUCUCUGUAAAUACUUCUCUGAUAAGAAGCCAACUGUUUUAUCCUGCCCAGGGAGGGCGAGCACUGCCCUGGCUUUCCUUACUGGCUGGCCACUGCCUGGCUGAGAACCCAAGGGAGAGACCUAGGAAGCAGCCCGGGCAGGCUUUGCCCUUUAACUGCCUUGUCAUAGGACCCAGGCAGGAAUGAGGCCAAUAAUUUAUUGCUUUAUAUCCUGUGGUGUGUGUGUGGGUGUGUGUGUGUGUGUGUGUGUGUGUGUGUGUGUGUGUGUGUGUGUCUUGUAAAGAAUGUAAUGGACUUAGUUCAGGUACUCUCGAAGGUUGUCUUGCUGGCCCUGUGGUGGUUGCCAAUGGACACACAUUUCAUUCUUUACCUAUGGUAUAAUAACCACUGCUGACCAACCAACCUGUGUGUGGCCUCCUUCCUGGGGACAUGGAUGCUCACUCAAAUGUCCGGGCACAGCAGACAAGAUAACAAGGGUGCUCACGGGUCAGGUGGGGUACAGAGUGUGAGGUGGGAUCUUGAUUCCUCCCAUGUUUGCCUCUGUGCAUUGCUUUGUCCACCCAAAGCGUCAUGUUCUGUCUCGGGUGAGAUUCCCACAUGGGAGCCUUGAGCUCUUUUCCCAAAGACAAAGUUGGGAAAAGCUGGAACCGACAGGGCGAGCAGAACCCUUCAGAUAAACGGGGUUUUCUAGGGUCCAGUGACUUUUACUCAUCUCUCCCUCUCAGGUCCCCAGGAGUGGGUGAGGGUCCUAAGGUUGAGGCUUAGCAAUGUCCUAAAGUGGUCUGCAGCGUUGUGGAGUGUAAGUGUAUUUUAUUGGAAUGGUUCCUGUUCUCAACAGCACCCACAGAAGUGUCUGGUUGCAAAAGGCCAGGAAUGCCCCAUUUCUAAAUGGGCUUUUUUUCUGCACAGAAGACCAGCUUUACUUUGGUUUCUGUCUAGGGUCAGAAAAGAGGGCCUUGGUGACAGACCAGUCCUUCUAGUGUACCUGCAAGUCUGCAGGGAGUAAAACCUGGGCAUCUUUCAAUCUAAGAGGAUGGAUUGGAUUGGAUCUGAACAUAGGAUGACCAUCAACCCCCACCCCACCCUGAUAUCGGGUGAGUGGUGGUCUCCUGGGCAGGAACAGAGCAGGCCUGCAGUAGCCCAUGCCCUCUCGGUCCUCUGCAACCACUGUCAGUCACUGAGAAGACAGCUACUGUUUUUGAGCAGGCCAGUCCCAGGAUAUGACACCUGAUAACGGCCAUAAAAGCAUUGGAUGGGUGACUCUAAGUCUUGUCCCAGCCUUGCUACCAGCUGGGUCACCCAACUAUGUACUUUCCUCAUCUACAGAUUGAAGGCUGGAUGAAUCACUGUUUCUCAAACUCAAUGACAGCAUCCAGGGGUGGAGCCUGGGCAGUUGUGGCUAAUGUCUUUUGGGUGAUCCUUACAGUCCAAGUGUAGGUGUGUCUAGGAACCUUGGACAGGGACAGUUGCAUUCACAGGCUCCUAUUAGAAUUACCUGAAGACCCUCUGAAACCUGGCAGUCCCAUGUCUCACCCAGGCCAAAUAAAACUGCCCCUCUGAAAAUGGAUCCCAGGACAGAUAGGAGAUCAGGUCCCUGCUCCUGGUAGUUAACAGCCUGAACAGUAGAUUGCUUAGAGACAACUUUGGCCUCGAGUUGAUUGAACUCAUGAAACGAACAAGCUUCCUCAGGGUCCCAGAUGGGAUCUAGUGCCUGGAUACCAGCAGUCAUCCCAUAAUACUCUGAGGAACAAAGUAAAACCCUAGCUGUCUCUCUGUUUCCAUGGUAUCUUCCCUCUGAUGUCCAGUUCAAAGGAACAAGAGGCUGGUCAAAUAAACAGAGACAAACACAGA